AUGAAAAUUAUUCAAAUUGGCAACCGACUUCUGUCAAUAUCGACCAUCGGGCGAGCCAAUGUGUCGAUAGUAAAACAACAUUUGUUUUGUUAUAUCUAUGGUCAACGUAUAUUAUCAAUCGAUUCGAAGCGAUUAUUAAUAUUGUCAUUAACCGAUAUUCGUACAUUUCAUUCAUCUGCAGUACUUUAUAAUGACAAAUCCAAACAAGAAAAACUUGGAAAUUCAUUUGAAAAAGAUGCGAAACAAACAGGAUCAAUAACAAAUGUUCCAAUCGUUCGACCAGAUGCUGCAUUAAUUACUACAAAGAAUGAAUCCACGAUAGUUAAACGUAAAUCUAUUGGGCAACGUAUUGUUCGUGAAUUAAAACAUUAUUAUAAUGGUACUAAAUUGUUAUUUAUUGAAACAAGAAUUGCAUUUCGUCUUCUAAGAGAAGUUUUAAAUGGUUAUACAUUAACACGACGAGAACGAAAACAAUUUACUCGUACGGUUGCUGAUUUAUUUCGACUGGUACCGUUUUCUGUAUUUAUUAUUGUACCAUUUAUGGAAUUUACAUUACCAAUAUUUUUAAAACUCUUUCCUAAUAUGUUACCUAGUACAUUUAAAGAAGCAGAUAAAGAAAAAGAAAAAUUAAAAAAACAAAUAAAAGUUAAAUUAGAAGUUGCUAAGUUUUUACAAGAUACACUUGAAGCAACAGCAUUAAAAUCGAAAAAAAAACGUUCUCAUGAUGCAUUGGCAACACAAUUUGUAGAAUUUAUGAACACGAUUCGUUCAACGGGUGCUCAACCUUCAACAGAAGAAAUAAUGAAAUUUUCUUCUUUAUUUGAAAAUAAAUCAACAUUAGAUAAUCUUGAUCGUCAACAUUUAGUUGCUUUAUGUAAAUUAAUUGGCAUAUCUUUCAUUGGUCCUGAUUAUUAUCUUCGUUUUAUACUUGAUUUAAGAUUACGUCAUUUAGAAGCUGAUGAUAAAUUAAUUGAAUCCGAAGGUAUUGAAAAUCUUAACGUUGAAGAAUUACAAGCAGCAUGUCGUGAACGUGGUAUGCGUUCAUAUGGUGUUAGUAUUGAACGUUUACGUUCACAAUUACAACAAUGGCUUGAUCUUCAUCUUAAUAAACGUAUACCAUCAACAAUUUUAUUAUUAUCUCGUUCUCUUUAUUUACCAGAAAAUAUUUCACAAGAAAAUGUUCUAAAAGCAACUAUACAAUCAUUACCAAAAGCAAUUGAUAAUGUAACAGCUAUUCAUUUAGCACAAGCUAGUGGAGAACGUAUUGAUAAUACACAACGUAUUGAAUAUAUUAAACAUGAAGAUGAAACUAUUAGAAAAGAACGAGAAGAAAAAAUAAAAACAAAAAUUUUAAGUGAUGAUGAAGUUAAGAAGAAAAAAUUUAUGGAACAAAUUGUUUUAACAACAACAUUAGAUGUUCCUAAAAUAGAAAAUCUUGUUAAUAAUAAAGCAUUAGUACUUCAUGAUAUGGUAAAAGAAGAGAAAAAAGAUGAACAAAAUAUUGAUGUUAGACAAUUUGAAACAGCACUUGCACAACUUGUUAAUCAAAAAGCUCAAGAAGUUCGAAAUACAGUGGAAGAAAUUCGAGAUCUUAGAGAAGAUGUUAAAUUUUAUAAAGAUGAUAUUAAAGAAUUUGCAACAUUAGUUGCAACAAAACAACUUAAAAAUUUAAGUGAGACACGUUCAGCUAAAGCAUUGUCAAAACGUAUUGAUAAACUUGUUAUUGAUCUUGAUCAUAUUGUUCAAACACUUGAUAAAAAACAAGAUAAACUUAAAAAAGACAUUAAAGUUCAAGAAGAUAAACUGAAAGAUGAAGCCUUAUUAAAAAGUGAUCAAAUUCAACAACACAAAGAUGUUCUCACUGAAAAAAGAAAUAUGCUUGUAUCAACACAAGAAUUUAUUAACACAAUACGUCAAAUACAGAAAGCUUCGAAUGAAUCUACAGAUGCUCAAAUUUGGGAUAUAAUUCAUCAAUUUGAUCGUAAUCAAGAUGGUUUUAUUGCAAUUGAUGAAAUAUUAAAAACACUUGAAAUUAUUGGUGAUGAAAAUAUUCAAAUUUCCAAAAAACAUUUAAAAGAAAUAAUUGAUCUUGUACGUAAAGAACAUAUAAUUGAACAAAAAGAAAAAUUUGAAGCUAAAACUAAACAACAGCUCAUUAUGAACUCCAUGAAUUUUAGUGAAUUAUUUAAAGUAACAUCUCGUCAAUGUUCAUUUUCUCCUGAUGGUCAAUAUUUAGCAUGUGUUAAUCAAUAUCGUUUAAUAAUUCGUUCAUCAACCACAUUAGAAAUCAUAAAUUUAUUUGCUUGUAUUGAUACAAUUGAUACAAUCGAAUGGUCAUAUGAUUCACGUUUAAUAUUAGCUGGUUUAAUAAAACGUAAUGCUGUUCAAUUAUUUUCAUUAGAUAAUCCUGAAUGGAAAUGUAAAAUUGAUGAAGGUUCAGCUGGUCUUUGUCAAGUACAUUGGGCACCAGAUUCUCGACAUAUAUUAACAACAGCACAAUUUCAUUUACGUAUAACAGUUUGGUCAUUAACAUCAAAAAAUGUUUCUUAUAUAAAAUAUCCAAAAAAACUUUCACCUAAUUCAUAUGUUUUUAGUUUAUUAAAACCAUAUAUGGCAUUAGUCGAACGUCGUAAUGAUAGUACAGAUCAUAUAUCAAUAUUUGAUUAUUCAUCUAAUUGGUCAAUGAUUGCACAUUUUCAACCAAAUGAUUUAGAAGAUCUUCAAGGUAUUGAAUGGUCACCAAUAGCUGAUGUUUUAUGUUUAUGGGAAAAUUCUUAUGAAUAUAAAAUUGUUUUUUAUACACUUGAUGGACAAUUAUUAAAUAUAUAUAAACCAGAAAAUGAUCGUUUAUCAUUAGGUAUACGUUGUGCACGAUGGUCACCAACAGGACAAGUUAUUGUUGUAGGAGAUUAUGAAGAACGUAUAACUGUUUUUAGUUAUUUAACAUAUAAAAAAAUUCAAGCAUCAUUUGAUCAUCCACAAAAAUUAUCAUCAGGAAAAGGUUAUACAAUUUUAAAAGAAGAAGAAUAUAAUUUAGAUGGUCAAGAAAAAAAUGAUCAAAGUCAACGUAAACCUUAUUCAUCUUCUGCUUAUUCAUCAUCUGCAUUAUCACAAAUAGAAACAAAUGUUUCUGUUGAAUCAAAAUAUAUUAUUUAUAAUGGAACACUUCAAAUAGCACCAAUAAAACCUGAUCUUGAUCGGGCUAAUCCACGAUUAGGUGUAUCAUCAAUUGAAUAUUCAUGUUCAGGUCGAUAUUUAUCAACAAUCAAUGAUACAAUGCCAAAUAUUUUAUUUAUAUUUGAUUUUAAACCAACAUUUCAUUUAGUUUUUGUUCUUAUACAACUUCAACCGAUAAGAUGUGUUAAAUGGGAACCAAAACGUGAUCGUUUAGCAUUAUGCACACAUAAUAAUCGCAUUUAUAUAUGGACAUCACAAGGUGCAUCUUGUAUUAAUUUACCUGAUGAAUCAUCAAAACAUAAUAUAGAUGAAAUUAAAUGGAAUAAUUUUGCAUCUUCACCAAGUGUUGCGUUAAUUGGACAGGAAACAAUGUGUGUAGGUUUCAUUGAUCUUAAUACUGAUAUAUAA